CGGACUGGUGUCAGACCGUACAGUGCCGGCGCAGAUACCCGCACAUGUUAGAUAUUUACAGUGUCAAACCGUACAGUGCCGCGCAGAUACCCGCACAUGUUAGAUAUUUACAGUGUCAGAACGUACAGUGCCGGCGCAGAUACCCUUACAAGUUAGAUAUUUACAGUGUCAGACCAUACAGUGCCGGCGCAGAUACCCUCACAUGUUAGAUAUUUACAGCAUGUCAGACGUUUGCAGCUCUGCUACCAAAACGACCUGGGCUGUGUCUGAAUAAUUUUCAGAAUUGCGUCUCAAGGCUGAUUCUUCAAGGCUGAUGUGACUUUUUCCUGCCUUUGGAAUGAUGUGGACCUUUCAUGACUGUGUUGGAUUUGCUUUUAUUUCUAGUUUCUGCGUCCAGUUUGGACUCUCCCUCGAAGGGAGGUUCACCGAAUUACCCUCAAAUGUAACAGCAAAAGAAGGGCAAAAUAUCGAGAUGGCUUGCGCCUUCCAGAGCGGAACAUCCUCCGUUUAUCUGGAGAUUCAGUGGUGGUUCAUCAAAGCCCCCGAGGAGCAGAACGCCAGCGGCGCAGAGACCGGCUGGCAGACUGAUUUUUUACCAGCGAGUGAUCCAGAUGAUGAAGGCACGAAAAUAAGCACGGUGAAGGUCCAGGGGAACGACAUCUCCCACAAACUGCACAUAUCCAAAGUGGGCAAGAGCGACGAGGGCUUGUAUGAGUGCAGAGUGACGGACGCCAACUACGUCGAGCUGCUGGAGUACAAGGUGCAGGCCUACCUGCAGGUGAACGGCAGCACGCGCCCGCAGAGCCAGGCCACCAAGAAGACGUCGCCUCUGCACCUGACAGACAAAAAGCCGCGGAGAAGCGGCGCGGGGGGCAGGACAGGAGAGCCCUCAGCAUCAGCACACCCCUUCCACCUCCAGGUCUCAGGUGAAAGCACAGCCGCAUAGCCCCAGUGCAGGUUCGAGGACAGCUACAGGCCACGCACAUGCCAUCCUCUUCUUCGUCUGUGGCUUUGUGAAGGGCGCCUUGCUAUAGCUGAAAGCGACUCUGCCCCAAAAAUCCACUCUCUUUCUGUAAAGCUUUUUUCCAAGGACUGCACAGCACUCUUUGCCUCCUACUCUCCAGAUGUUCAGAUGUAUUUGAAGCACCUGCACAAACAGCAAAGCGAACCAGAGGCAGAAGGACUUGGACUGACAGCGUAAAACCUCGAGGAAGGUGGGAGCUACAGGUGUUUCCCUUUGUGAUGCACUUGUUCUCUUUGCUUUUUAUCCCCAGAUGUAUCACUUUUUUCUGCGUGUAUGUGUGUUAAUAUGUGAAGUUUUCCGGAAGUCCGUAAUUGUGUAAUAAGUAAUUAACUGUUUGGUUUCACGGACAUCAGGGACGAUGUAUUUCUCUCUCAUUAGAUGACCACUACAGGCAAAAACUCCAUUAUUGCUUUCACAAACGAGGACACUGUAUGUACUGUAAUUGAAAAUGUUUGAUUGCUAAAUAAGUUCAGCUUUACUGUGGGGGACAUUGAUUCUACGUAUCACCACCUUUUUUAUUUGUUCGCGCAGAAACACUCUGUGUCUAUUAAUCGUUUCAACAUGCUUGUUUUGGGCAAUUUCUUGACAAAAUAAAUGUGGACUGUU